AUGGUUCUCGAAAUCUACCUCGACCCGUGCACCAUCAACAGCCGCAAAGUGCUGGCCGGGCUCGACCUAAUGAACGUCGACUACAACUACCACUUCAUCUCCUUCUUCGAGGGCAAGCAAAAGGACCCGGAGUACGUGAAGAACAUCAACCCGUCGGCGACCGUGCCCGCGGCCAAGGACGGCGACUGCCUCAUCACCGAAUCCAACGCCAUCCUCGCCUACGCCGCCGACACCGUCAACUCCCCCGCCUACCCCAAAGACCUCAAGCAGCGCGCCCAGGUCAACCGCUGGCUGCUGUGGGAGGCGUCCGUCUGGUUCUCUAGCUGCUACGUCUACCUCGUGCAGGAGGUCGUGCAGCCGCUGCUGGGCAACAAGGCCGACCAGUCCGUCAUUGACGGCGAGUCCGAGCGUUUCCACAAGCUCGCCACCAUUCUCGACGACCAGCUCGGCAAGACCAAGUGGUUGGCCGGCGAUGAGGUGACGAUUGCCGAUAUUGCGGUCAUGUCGCCUGCGCAUUUGCACAAGGCGAGCAAGCUGCCGCUGGAGAAGUAUCCCAAUGUGACGCGAUGGAUUGGUCAGGUGGAGGCGCUGCCUGCGUGGCAGAAGACGCAGGGCGCGGUGGAGAAGGCCUUGUUGCCUGGCAAGCCCCAAGUCAAAGCGACCUUCAACUACACCAAAGACGUCACGCCCAAGCUCACCGAGCUCUACUUCUACGAAGACGAAAAAGCAAACCACAUCCACGAGCCGGGCGACGACACGCAAGAGAUGUCGGUGUGGAAUGGGUGGGAUCAAGCAGACAAGUUCAGCGUGGACAAGCAAGGGUUCGCCAUCGACGACUUCACCACCGACUUCCCGCGCGAGAAGUGGCAGGACGAGGACCUGGUGCGCGAGAAAUUCUACCCCGAGAUCGUCGAGUUCCUCAAGAAGACGCAGGGCGCGAAGCGCGUGCUCGUCUUUGAUCAUACGAUUCGCACCAAGGGCAAUGCGGCGAAGAAACUGACGCAGGAGACGAAUACGUCGCAGCGCGCGCCCGUGUCUCUUGUCCACUGCGACUACACCGCCGAGUCCGGGCCGGUGCGCGUGCGGCAGCUGCUGGCGGACGAGGCGGAGGAGCUGCUGUCGCGCCGCGUCGCCUUCUUCAACGUGUGGAAGCCGCUGAACAAAGUCGAGGAGAACCCGCUGGCCAUGUGCGACAUUACGUCCUCGCCGACCGACGACUUUUUCAAGCUGUACUUGCGGUAUCGCGAUCGCACGGGCGAGAACUAUGUGAUGCGACACAACCCCAAUCACAAGUGGUAUUACUUCCCGGAUAUGACGCCGGACAAGGUCAUUACGCUCAAGACGUAUGAGUCGGAUCCGAAGCGCGCGCAGUUUGUGGGCCACAGUGCUUUCAAUGAUCCCACGAGUCCCGAGGGCGUGCCGUAUAGGGAGAGCGUGGAGAUUCGGACAAUCGCAUUCUUCUGA